UCUCCCUAUGGUCGUCAAUGUUGACGUUAGUCAGAAAUUUUGAAUGAGGAAUAUAUUAUAUAUACACAUAUAUCAGAUAAUAUUAAUAAAAAGAAAAGCAGGAGAUCAAGAAAGUUGACUCUUCACAGACGGAUGAGAGGCAAGGCAGCAAUAUAUAAUACACAAUGUCUAAAGACUUAUCAAUAUCAUCAAAGGUAGUGAAUCGUGAAGAAAAAAGCAAACAUUUCACCAGCAGAAAGAGAUAACUAAUAAAGCUAAAUGUACAUGUGGAAACAGCCUAGGAAACUUUACAAAACCCUUAUUUCAAUAUGAGUGCAUGGUAGAUUGCACACUCAAAAACUUCAUCAGAAAAAUAAGGGAGAUUGAAUGAUAGCAAGAAAAAAGGGGAUAUCAACAACAAAAACUUCAUGUAAAGACAAAAUAAAGCAAUUUUUGGUUAAGAUCAAUAUUAUAUAUUCUCAAAUAAGUGGAAGCAACUUACAGGAGAAUAGAAGAUGCAACACAACAAGAUAGAUAGAGAGAGUUGCCAUUGCCUAAGUCUCCGAAUCUACACGUUGAUAAUAUCUCCAAACCACAUUUACUAUUUAGGUUCGGUUCGGCUUUAGUUGGUUAGGUUUUACUGGAUUGAUGGGGGUUAUAAAUUGUUCCGUGACUAGUACUAUUGUUAUUGCGUUUUUUAUUUAGGGUUUUGGACUUCACCACAAAGCAGCCAUGGAAGAUUCACAACCAUCUCUCUCACGAGAACGAAUUGACCUAGAUCAUGCAGGAAACAGCACAACAACAACCAUUCCUUUCGAUCUCGUUAUCGAGAUACUCUCUCGACUUCCUGCGAAGUCGCUCUUACGAUUCCAAUCCGUGUCUAAGCUAUGGUUCUCUACCAUCCGCAGCAAAAUUUUUGUAGACUCGUUCCUGACUUGGUCAAAGACUCGUCCUCGUCUCCUUCUCAUGUCCUAUCUUCUAAAAAAUUUGCAGAAGAUCAAUUUCAUCUUCUCGGCUCCUGAACACACAGACAACAACGACGAUGAUAAAUCAUCCACAGUCAUGGCCAGAUACGACAUGCCGAUCUUGGAACCCAGCAACUACUUGAUCUCUGGUUCUGUCAACGGUUUCGUCUGCUUCAGAGGUCAGGUUUGUAAUACUAUCACUGUUUAUAAUCCCAUUACAAGACAAGCUGUGAAACUGCCAGAGGUUACACCCAACGGAAGAUGCAUGCACGCAAGUCUUGGGUACGAUCCAGUCAAAGAUCAAUACAAGGUGCUAUGUGUGACGAUGAGGUCCGACUCUAUAAGAAAAUAUAACCAACAGGAGCAUUUCGUUUGCACUGUGAGUUCAUCUCAGAAACAAGAGUGGAGAAAGAUCGAGAACCCGACCGGAGAUAAUUACAGCUAUGUUUGCGGAGAGACAUGCAUUGAUGGUGCUCUAUACUAUGGAGCUGGACUGUCAAGAAUAGUUAGGUUCGAUGUUAGAUCUGAGAAGAUUGAUUUUAUUAAAAUACCCAAGCUGGAGUCAUAUAUGUUCUCUACCGCAUACAGGUCCAUAUUUAUAAAUUACAAGGGAAAAUUGGCCCGUAUAGAUUGUUCUUUCCCAGAAAAUUUUAUGACAUUGUGGGUUUUUGAAGAUGCUGAGAAACAGGAAUGGUCGAGCAUGACGUGUGUCUUACCUUCUCAGUGGAAAUAUUUAACUGCGAGUCACUUAAUGUCUGAAGGAGUGAUCCAUACGGGGGAGCUUGUGGUGUUCAGUGGAUUGUUAGACUCAUCUAAGCCUUUUUAUGUUUGUUAUUAUGAUUUUAAUAAAAAGAUUAUAAGAAAAGUAGAGAUCCUAGGAAUGAAGGAUGGUGAUUUCAGAGGUAUCCAUGGGACUAGUUGGAUGUCAUGUUUUCCAGGUCACAUUGAGAAUAUUAGGUUCUUGUAAGGAAUUUAUUUAUUGUUAUUAUUAUUCACUGGUUUAUGGUUCAAUAGUUUCUUCCAUUCAAUUUGAUAGCUACUUGAUUAUGAUCUGAGUUUGUUAGAAAAGAUUAAAUUCCUGGAAAAUAAUUUUUCUGAUUGUUUUAAGAGCUUGAGUUUUUUUUUUUUUUUUUUAAGUACUUUUAUUUAGAAAUACGGUUACAAUUUUGCUAUGACCGGAGUCAUACAGUUCAGGAAACAAUUACAAAGUGAAAU